AUGACACUAAUUAGGAGAGUUAAGAAGAAUGUUUUACAUACUUUUAAAGAAAUAUAUAAAAAAGGAAAAAGUUUAAACAUUCAUAAGACUACAUUUUUAUGUCAAACUUACGAAAAAAACUGUUGGAGAAAAACAAGAGUGAGAGAAGAAAAAGUUUAUUAUAAAAAAUACAAUUUUUUAAAACAUGCAUAUGAUGUUAUCAAUUAUGGUGUUGAUAACAAUUUAAAAUUUGAAAUUGAUGAAAAAAAUAUUGAUGAAGAAAGUUCAUAUAUAACAGAAGAAAUAAAGUCAGAAUCAGAAAAAAAUGUAAAAAAUGAUAUAAGCAUUAUUAAUAAGGAAAUAAAAAAUAUUUUAAAUAACUUAGAAUACAUAAAUAGAAAAUAUAAUGAUAAUUAUAAGAAUGUAACAAAUUUGUAUUACACUGUUAUGCAUAAAAAUAUGAUUUUAAAAAAGAUGGAAUUUCUAAAAAAAUAUAAUAAUUUAUACAAUCCCAUUGAUUUAACAAUUAUUUAUUACUAUUUAAAAAAAUUAAAAUUGUUAAAUAAUAAAAGAAAAUACUUAGUUAACAAAUUGUAUAUAUUGAAAUCUAGAAAAAACAUAUUAGAUAAAAUAAAUUAUUCUUUCCCCAUUGAUAAAUUGAAUGAAAUGUUUUAUGAACAUAAUAAAAAAAUCAAUGUAUUAUAG